GGAAGGGAAGCUGAGGAUCCCAUGGUUGAGGAUGGCAGGGAGAUAUGAUGUAGUGUGAGAUCAGCAUAUUGUUCUGCCAAUCAGCAUGUUUCUCCUUGUCUUGGCUUUUUUUGGGGGGGAGGGGAAACUGGGAAACUUUUUUUUUUUUGCCUGCCUCUUUCAGAAGCCACAUUCCUGCUCUGUUCUCCUUGCAGAAUUCUAAAUAUUGCUUUUGAUUGUUCACUACAAAUCAUCCAUUAGGACUGCAUUGCUUCUGUUCACAAAGAGGAAAAUAGUGUACAAGACGGAUUUUAUAUUUUAAAGCCAAAUAUCUGCACCCACUUCUCUAAUUUUUUGCAGCCCGCACAACCUCCACGUUAUAGUAUUUAAGAAGAAAAGAUUGGGAGCGAUCAUAGAAAAAAAAAAUUCAUCCUGGGAUACUGGAUACUGAAAAACAACCAAGAAAACUCUGCUGACCCAAACAGAUUGAGGACGUGAUUCCCAGACUUUGGAAAUAAGUAUAUACGCAUCUGGGCUACAAAGUUCACACAGAAGAAAGUACUUAACUUCCAUCUGUGUUCUAAUCGUUAUGCUGAGGGAUAGAGUGAGGAGAAUUCGAUAUUCUGACUAGACCUUUCUUUUCUGCAAGCAGCACAUGUAUGUUUGUGUCCCGGGGUAAAGAAGGAAACAUUGUUACUGGCAGAGAGGAGGAACAUGGUGGUCGCCAUUGGGAGUUGUAGCAGGACGAUUUAUGCAGCAUUUUAGUUUGUGUUUUAUUACUGCAGGAGAUAAUACAGAGAACAUAAGGAGACCUCUUUGUGCCCAAGCAGAGAGGGGACAAAUAAAGAAGUUAGUUUUCCAAGUGUGAAUUAAAGUGAGAUGCAAAAACUGGGAGACAGUGAGAGGUGGGGGUGGAGGAGCCAGCAGAGCCUGGAUCAGAUUACAUUCUUACACUCCUCUCUCCCUCUCUUCAAAUCCCUUCCAUGAAAGUUUUUGUUAGGGACAGCAGUGAGCUGGUUUAACUUAAAACCCAAACAAGUUGCGUGCAUAUGUUAGACCGGACUGUGAUUUGUGUGGGUGGGUACUUGGAGGAGGAGGAGGGGGUCUUUGUUGGGAAAAGGAUUUGGGGCAUCGAGAAAUAGAGGAAACUAAAAGUGCCUGAAACUAGAGGAAUCAUCAAGUAAAAUGGAGGAGGGCAAUGAGAAGAAGCACAGAGAGCUAGGAGCAGCCUGAGUGUUACAAGGAGUGAGUUUGAUGCCCUCUUAGCACUGUGUACUUGGCUGAGGCCUUCUCCAUCCCUCCUUGUUAAGAUGUCUUCCCUGGAGCCUUGGAGCAGCUGGCUUGUGAAGUUGUGUUUCUUUUUCUGUGUCCUUGGGACAGGAAGGACUCAGUUCAAUGAGACCAUCUAUCUGGAUCGAUGUAAGAAGAGCACAACUUGUGAAGCCUUAAAAUACAACAUCUGCCUGGGAUCUGUUUUACCAUAUGCAUAUACAUCAAUAGUGCUGGCUGAGGACUCCAACUCCCAGGAAGUAGUUCGCGAAAAGUUGACUCUUUGGACUGGUGAGUAUGAUAUAAAAGUUUUCUUUAUUACACAGAAAAAAAUAUAUAAUUACUUUGUAAGCUGCAGUGACAUCUGCUUUUAUUGUCCAAAUUCCCUGAAAAGAUGUUUUGUGUGUGUGUGUGUGUGUUGGUUCGUAUAUUAAUAAAAUUCCAGUACACUGAUUAUGUAAAGUGAGAAGACUUUAUUGAAGCGACGUUUCGACUCUGCUACAGAGCCUUCUUCAAGCAAGAGAGUGGUGAGACCCAGAUCAGCUCAUUUAUAGCUGCCCUUCUAUGUACUACGUUUUUGGUAUUUUUUUUUUUUUUUUUAUAAGCUUUGAAAUAUUUAUUGACUGAACGUAUCUGAGAUUAUUCUCUGGCCAUUCUUUCACUUUAUACAGUAAUUCAGAAUUUGGGACCUUACCUGUUGGCCUAUUGUAUUUUCACAGUAGUCACCAUAACUAGUAGCUUAAUAUUCACAUCCUGUAAGGACUGCCACAAAUGCUGAAUUUAUAAAGUACCAGCAAACUCCCAGAGGUGUAUAAUGGGUGGACUAACAGACACACCUAAUUGUAACCAGACAAGUUGGACGCACAGGAAUAGAGAGUAGUGCCCUGCUCAGUGAGCUUACAUUAUAGAUUAAAGGGACACUAUAGGCACCAAGGCCACUUCAGCAUUUUGAAGUGGUCUAGGUGCAGUGUCCCUUUUGCACUUAGUGCUGCAAUGUAAAAUAUUGCAGUUCCAGAGAAACUGCAAUGUUUACAUUGUAGCACUAAGCCUGCCUCCAGUGGCUGUCUACCAGAUAGCCACUGGGAGCGCUUUGUGGAUCGAAACGGACCUUUAGUCCAGUAUCUGACACUGGAAGUUCUCACGUUCUGCAUGAAGACGUCCAGCGUCAGAUUAUUCCCCACCAUUGAUUCAUCCUUUCCUAUGGGGAGGCAUUUGCCACGCAUGCACAUUGCACAUUAGCACCAGCUCAUUGCGGGAAGUCAGAAUAGGCGGAGGGUCGACCCAGUGCCAAGGGACAUCAGCGCUGGGUUAAGGUAAAAAAAUAUUAAGGUUUUUUUAACCCUUUAUUCACCGGAAAGGGGAGAGCACGAGGGAGGUGGGAUUCCUGGCACUAUAGUAUCCCUUUACUUUGACAUGCCAUUGGUUGCUGCAACAGCAAAUACUUAAAGGGACUUUCCUGGAUAGAAUUACCGGUGCUCAUUAUAAUUCUGUCAAUAAUGCAUUUAAAAAAAAAAAAAAAUCUCUUAAAAUUAUUUAAGUGAUAUCUACCCUUUGAUUUUAUUUUUUUUUUCACAUUUUUCCAAGAGAUCUACUACCGCUUUUGAUUCCUAGAUAUCAAACAGGAACUGGCUAAAAUAUUAUAUUCAAUCCCUGGCCUCUCAUUGACUUGCAUGGAAGAAUUAGCGAGCAUGUGCAUAUGUUUGACAUCAUAUAUCAUUUUUCUUAUUAAUUUCUCAUGCAAGGAGCUUCUUAUUUGACCUACAGUUGUGAUUGAAAUUUUGCAUACCCUGGCAGAAAUUGUGAAAUUUUGGCACUGAUUUUGAAAAUAUGACUGAUCGUGCAAAAAAUUUAUUUUAUUGAAGGAUAGUGAUCAUAUGAAGCCAUGUGUUAUCACAUAGUUGAUUGAUUCCUUUUUUAAAUCAAAGUGAUAACAGAAAUCACCCAAAUGGCCCUAAUCAAAAGUUUACAUACCCUUGAAUGUUGUUACAGAGACACAAAGUGUCAUACACAGGUUAAAAUGGCCAUUAAAUGUUAAUUUCCCACAUCUGUGGCUUUUUGAAUUGCAAUUAGUGUCUGUGUAUAAAUAGUCAAUGAGUUUGUUAAGUCUCACGUGGAUGCACUGAGCAGGCUAGAUACUGAGCCAUGGGGAGCAGAAAGGAACUGUCAAUAGACCUGUGUAACAAUGUAAUAGGAGUUUAUAAAGAUAGAAAAGGAUAUAAAAAGAUAUCCAAAACUUUGAAAAUGCCAGUCAAUACUGUUCACUCACUUAUUAAGAGGUGAGAAAUUCGGGGAUCUCUUGAUACUAAGAACGUAGACCAAGAAAGUAGACCAAGAAAGAUUUCAGCCACAACUGCCAGAAGAAUUGUUCAGGAUACAAACAAAAAACCACAGGUAACCUCAGGAGAAAUACAAGCUGUUCUGGAAAAAGACGUAGAUGUAGUUGUUUCAAGGAGCACAAUACGACAAUACUUGAACAAAAAUUAGCUGCAAGGUCGAGUUGCCAGAAAGAAGCCUUUACUGCGCCAAUCCCACAAAAAAGUCCAGUAACAAUGUGCCCGACAACACCUUGACACACCUCACAGCUUCUGGCACACUGAGGGACAAGACCACAACCAACAAGGCCUAUUGUGAGAAGAAUACCAUCACUACUGUGAAGCAUGGCUCACUGAUGAUUUGGGGUUGUGUGAGCUCUAAAGACACGGGGAAUCUUGUGAAAAUUGAUGGCAAGAUGAAUGCAGCACGUUAUCAGAAAAUACAGACAAUUUGCAUUCCUCUGCACGAAGGCUUUGCAUGGGACGCUCUUGGACUUUCCAGCAUGACAAUGACCCUAAGCACAAGGACAGGUUGAUCCUCCAGUGGUUACAACAGAAAAAGGUGAAGUUCUGGAGUGGCCAUCACAGUCUCCUGACCUUAAUAUCUCUGAAGAGAUCUUAAACGUGCGGCUCAUGCAAGACGACCAAAGACUUUACAUGACCUGGAGGCAUUUUGCCAAGACGAAUGGGCAGCUAUACCAGCUGCAAGAAUUAGGGGCCCUCAUAGAAAACUAUUACAAAAGUCUGCACACUGUCAAAGGGAAUCAUGACAUGUCACACGUCAUGUGUCCUUAAGGGGUUAAAGGAUCACUUCAGCUCAAUGAAGUAGUCUGGGUGCCAGGUCCAUCUAGUGUUAACCCUGCAGCUUUAAACAUGCGCAUUCCACUCUGAUGUUGGCAGAGGGAGGAGCGUUCCCCAGCGCCGAGGGAGCCUGGCGCUGGAGAAAGGUAAGUGUUUAACCCCUCCAGCCCAGCGUGGGGGGGACCUAAAGACCCUUUAGUGCCAGGAAAACAAGUUUGUUUUCCUGGCACUAUAGUGGUCCUUUAAGAAAUAUGGGUUGUGCAGACUUUUGCACUGUUUUCCUGGCACUAUAGUGGUCCUUUAAGAAAUAUGGGUAUGCAGACUUUUGCACAGGGGUCAUUUCAUUUUUUUUCUUUGUUGCCAUAUUUUGUUUAAUGAUUGUGCCAUUCUGUUAUAAUCUACAGUUGAAUAUGAAUCCGAUUUAAAAAAAUAAAUUAAAAAAAAUAAUAGUAAUAAAACAUAUUUUUUUAAUCUGUUUUGCCUGCUCAUUUAUGUUUUCUUUAAAAAUGGUACAUAUAUUACCAAUUCUCCAAGGGUAUGCAAACUUUUGAGCACAACUGUAAGUGCCCUUUGAAUGAACACCAACAUUAAAGGGACACUAUAGUCACCAAAACAAUUUUAGCUUAAUGAAGAUCAUGC